AUGCACGUCCAAAUCCUUUAGUUGGAUUCAAGUGAGGAAGAUGACCUAAUGUCCAAAUAUUUUAUUUUAUUAUUAUUAUUUUGUAGCUCCUUCCACGUUUCCACAAGUAGAUGUCAGUACUGUGUAGAGCUCUGAAGCAGAUGACAUCAGAAGAAGAAAACAACCAUGGCGUUCCUCGGCAGCGAUCAGUGGACAACAAUCUGCGAUAAAUUUACCGACGCCCAAAACCUCACCGAAGUCACAUCUCGAAACGACCCAGAAAACGAUCCUUUUCGUUCCAAGUACAAAGCCAGAGAACUCCUCCGGGAAAUACACUGCUCGCUGAAGAGUUUCGAGGCCGGUGACGGGGAGGAUGACUGCGAGGCGCAGGGCGGCGACCAACCGACCGAGCCGCCGGUGGACGGCCAGCUGGAGGAAAUGUUCGAGCGGGGCUUCGAAGGUUACUCGCCCAGCGGACACAGGACCGCGAGGCUCGCCGUGGUGGAGUAUUACCUUGGGGUGAACCAUGUUGACACGGAGGAGCUGUCAGCUGGCCAGGAGCACCUUAUGAACUGCUUGAAACUGCUGGAGAGAUGCAGAGUCUCUCCCGAGAAUGUGUCGUUAUGCAUUCAUGUCCGGAACCAGCUUGGCAUCCUGUGGGCAGGUUGGGAGGAGACUGAGAUGGCACAGCGUUUCCUGGAAAUGGCCGAAGCUAUUUACCUGCGCUACAUGAAGGAGGAUGGAAGCCCUCCCACUGAUCUGGUGGAGUUUUUUGCGCCCAAGGAGAAGCUGUUGACACAUCAGGAAAAGAACAAAAAGUUUGAGCUGGGCUACACACACACGAUGUAUUACCUUGCUCAGGUCUAUCAAAAACUCGGUCAGACAGAGCGAGCUGCUGCAUACUGCCACAGCACCCUGCAGAGACAGCUGCAGUUAGGUCAGUUCGUUCCAAUGGAGUGGGCUCUGAACGCCGCUUCGCUGUCACAGUAUUACAUCACAAAGGAUCGAUACAUGGAGGGAAGACACUGUCUCUCGGCAGCCACCGUCGUAUCUGGUUUAGCAGGAGAAGUUCCAUCUGAGGCUGCCGCGAAAGAGAGUGAGACGGAGUGUGAGCGUCGGGAUCAGCUCAGGCAGAAGAGAGCUGAUAUAGCAAGAUGCUGGAUCAAAUACUGUCUUGCCAUCCUUGAGAGUGCCAAAAAAGUGCUCGAGGACAACAUCGGGGAGCUUGAUAGCGAUCUUCAGGAGGACUUGAGGAGGAAAAGGAGGCUUGAGGUGGAGGAACAAGAAAAGGGCAGGAAGAGUGCUCUGCUCUUUGGCUCGGAGGACACUUUUGACUCCAUCGCUAGCCUAGAGGAGAAGGUGAGCUGCUUGCUCCCACUGGACUUUACCGAGGCCAGGAAUGUAUUCUUGGUGGGACAAAACUAUGUCACACAGGCUAAGGAUUAUUUUCAGAUGGACGGCUAUGUGACGGACCACAUUGAGAUCCUGCAGGAUCACAGCGCUCUCUUCAGGGCUUUAGCUUUCUUCGAAGAGGAUGCUGAACGACGCUGCAAGAUGCACAAACGACGGGUUGACAUGCUGGAGACCAUCUGCAUUGAACUGAACGCCCAGUACUACCUCAUGAUCCGCAGACAGCUGAUGUUUGAGCUUGCUGAGACCUACAACGAAAUGAUGGACCUGAAACUGACUCUGGCCAACAGACAAGCUGACACACAAUCUCUUGAUAACCACACCAUAAAGAAAUUCAACAGCCUCUGCUCUGCCUCCAUCAAGUACUUCCAGAUGUUUCUAGAUUCACUGCGCUCUCCAGAGGGGAAGUUUCCCGAGCACCUGGAGGAGGAGGUGCUCAGACCGGCACUGGUUGCCCGCUUCAGAGUGGCCCGACUGCACAGUCGCCUGAUUUGCUCCCUGCCGCUUACGCAGCUGGAAAACCUCAACAACUCACUGCAAAACUACAAAUACGUCGUCGAGUAUUGCGACGCUCACCCGGAAGCCGCCGCUGCCGUGGAGUCUGAGCUGGAGUUGAGUAAGGAGAUGGUGGGCCUGCUUCCUCUCAAAAUAAACCGCCUCAAAGCAAGGAUGGCUGCUAACAACUGAAUUCUGGGCAUACAGUAUUUGAAUUUCUCAUUCCUUGUUCGUGCCGUGUGUGCAUGGUGUGUGUGGCCACAUACAGAGAAUACAUAUUUUCAGCUCCCUCCAAAGAUUUUCAAUUGGGUUUAAUGUCUGGAGACUGGGUAGACCACGCCAAAAUCUUGACAUGCUUCUUACAGAGCCACUCCUUGGUUUUCCUGGCUGUGUGCUUCGGGUCAUUGUCAUGUUGAAAGACCCACACAUGACCCAUGUUGAAUGCUUUGACUGAGGGAAAGAGGUUGUUCCCCAAAAUCUCACAAUACAUGGCCGCGGUCAUCCUCUCUUUAACAGAGUGCAGUCAUCUUGUCCCAUGUGCAGAUUUACACCCCCAAAGCAUGAUGCUACGACCCCCAUGGUUCACAGUAGGGCUAGUGUUCUUGAGAUGGAACUCAUCAUUCGUCUUCCUCCAAACACGGUUAGUGGAAUUAUGACCAGAAAGUUCCAUUUUGGUCUCAUCUGACCACAAAACGUUCUCCCAUGACUCCUCUGUAUUAUCCAAAUGGUCAUUGGCAAACUUAAGACAGGUCUCUUGACAUGUGCUGGUUUAAGCAGGGGAACCUUCCUUGCCAUGCAUGAUUUCAAACCAUUUCUAUAGCCUUCGUGACUUACUGAGGUGUUUUGGUGAACACAGAACGUUUGCUUCACUCGAGCAUACGCGACGUGUAGCCAGCUGGGCCUUAAAAAGAGGAAGGCAUAAACACAAGCUGUUGCAAUUCCCACACCGUUUUACCUUAUUUGAAUGUAAAUACACUGAAAGCUGAAAGUCUACAGCAGGCACGUAUUGAUCAUUUCAUUUCGAAAUCCAUUGUGGUGGUGUUCAUAUCGUAAUGUUUAUGCUAGUGACUGGAAGCAUAUCAAUGCUCCUGGUGACAUUAUGAUGAAGUUGGGUGAACUUUUUGCAUAAACUGAGCUCAUUCACAUAUCAUCAAUUGGUCUUUGUUGAGCAAAGGCACCUAUAUUACAUUUGAAAAAUGAAAUGUCACGGUUACCCACAGGACAAAAAUAUCUUAAAAUGCCGGAAAACUGAAAUCUUGUCUAGUUUAGUCACACGUGUACUUCGUGUGACAUCUGGGCUUGUUGAACACAAAGCUGACAUAUUUGCAGGAAGCCAACAUAUCGCGUUGCAUGGACAGCAACAGCUUUAUUGUACCUUUUACCAUCCAGUGGCAGAGAUGUCUGCCACUAAAUGCCACUGGCAUGAGUAGACAAACUAAGAUGUAUUUCUGGUUAAAAAUAACAAGAAUCCAAAAUUCACACAACAUAAUUCAUUUUCUUAAGAGUCAACGUGAACUGAACAAAAAACCGUCACCACAAAACUGACGUACGAAUGAAGUAAAUUGUGAACCCUUCCACCCUUUGAAUUGUUUAGGUUAGGUAGCUAGAUUUAAUAUAUUCAACACUAAGUCCUUUUGUCUUUUUUUUACGUGUGUGUUAGUCAUGAAUGAAUGCAUGUGCCCUUCUCUUACUCUGCUGAUUAUGAACAACUUUGAGGGUCAAACACUUCACCAGUGGAUUGUAUUUUUGUGAUGCCUGAAGGAGAGUGAAAUACAGUGGUACCUCAACUUGCGAACAUCUGUAGUAACGAAAAAUUCAGGUUACAAAAUGCCUUCUCGGGAAAAAUAUUAUCUCUAGUUAUGUCCCUUGGACUCUUUGACCGUCGCUGACUCACGCUAGUGCUUUCACUUGCUGUCACACUCUAGCACACAUUGGUAGAGUGCAACUUUAUGGUGAGUUUUUCGUUUUUGUUUUUUGCAAGUUUCAAUUCAUCUUUCUUCACCGUGGGCCACAAGAAACUUUAGUGGAAUUAAGUUGUGUGCGCGCGUACAUUUGUACGUGUUUUCUCUCAGCUGUAAAAAGUUUAACUGCUCCUCUGUCCCCCCACGAUGCCUUUUGCUUGUCACUCACUGUUCUCUUUGCAUAGUCGCCCAACGCCAAAGGUAAAUGAGCAUAAUGUUCAUUAUUCUUUACAUUAUGUACUUGGAAUGAUUAUUUUUGGCUGCCGGGCAAGGAACGGAUUAGGCCAUUUACAUGUAAAAAGUGCUUCUACAUACAAAAAAAAUUCACAUGAGGACUUCUGUAACAAAUUAAUCUCGUAAGUAAAGGUACCACUGUACUUAAAAGCCUUUGUACAUUUUGCCUUUUUGAAGAUCGUGAUGUAUUUUUUUCCCCAUCUUAAUAACCUGUCAAUGUAGAUAAUGAAUGCAAUGAAAAUAAAUUCAUGCA